AUGCCGGUUCUUAGUCACUCGGCGAUAGAAAACCGUGAGGGUUCGGGAGCUCGGUCCUUUCCAAUUCGGCUCUCAUUCUCGUCUAGUUAUGCUCCCAAGCAGAGCUUUAGAGUUGGAACACGUACAGAAGUGGGCAAUGCUUUAAAGCCAAGCAAAUCCUUUCUGAAGCCUGAAAUCAUAUCAUGGGGUCAUCGCCAUGUCCACAGAAGCUAG